AAAAAAGACUGAGAAUUUCAUAGUGCAGUCAGUAUUUCGACAACAAUGGCGACCCGUCAUCGCUUCGUCCUGCGCAAUUUAUAGUCCUGACGGGCAGAACUCCUCAUGGGAUCCGGAUACAGAGAUUGAUUUCGAUUGUGUUAACUUUGGGGCGUGCUUUGCCUUGAGGCGACUCGGUUCCAAGAUGUAGCAUAAAAAAACAUUUUGAAGAAUCUAUGAGAAGGAUCUGGUGUGUUUUCUUUUGGCGAAUGCGGGAAAGACAUGGAACAAGAAUGACAUUUCGGAUGGUGAAUCUGCCUCGAGGAGUUAUCUAUUACGCCUAUGGACUCGUGGUACUUGCCUGCAGCCUGUUGUAUUCAAGUUGCCCCACAAUGCCUCCUUCUCCAAUCGAAAGGGAUCCGUUGCUCACAGAGCCUUCUAGAUUAUUGUCGAGCCAGUACACCGAAGAUCCUACAAAUUGGCCCUCAACGUCUGUUACUAGCGUUGUUGGUUCAGAAGAAGAAAGAAGCGCCCUGCAGUUCAACGAGUUGAAACUGUUCUUCUCGUUACUCGUCGACUCCAUUCCAGUCAUUUUGUCGUACAUUCUACAAAAUUCUAUUCAAACCAUCAGUAUAGUCAUCACUGGCCGUCUGGGACCUCAUGAACUCUCUGUCGCAGCCUUCUCGCUCAUGCUUGCCUUUGUCACUGGCUGGUGUGUCGCACUUGGAGGAACAACAGCAUUAGACACACUUGGGUCUCAAGCGUUCACUGGCAGCACUCGCCCCACUGACCUUUCGGUUCAUUUUCAGCGUUGUGUUUUGCUGUUAUGGAUUCUCCUUGUCCCCGUUGGCGCUUUAUGGAUUUUCAUGGAGCCCAUAUUGCUUGUUCUAGGUCAACAGGAGGACCUUGCUAAGGAUGUGCAAUUUUUUUUGCGGCUGUUGAUUAUUGGAGCACCAGGAUACAUCGGUUUUGAGAGCCUGAAAAAAUAUUUGCAGUGUCAAGGCAUCAUGCAAGCCUCUACUAUCGUUCUUCUUGUUAUCUCUCCUAUCAAUGUCGUAUUAAACAUCGGAUUCGUUCACUAUACCUCGCUUGGACUCUUCGGAUCUCCGAUCGCGCUUUCCAUUAUCUACUGGCUAGCCUUUGCGUUACUGUGUAUCAUGACAUACUUUUCUCCCACCCACCGCAACAACGGAACGUGGGGAGGAAUCCAGUUUCGUGCUGUUCUUCAACAGGAGAGCUGCGUAUCCUUUUUUCGACUGGCAAUUCCUGGGAUACUCAUGGUAGGCACUGAAUGGGCAGCCUUUGAAAUCGUUGCUCUCGCGGCUGGGCGACUGGGAUCUCUUCCUCUAGCUGCCCAAUCUGUUAUCAUGACACUUGAUCAAAUUUUGAAUACCUUACCAUUCGGGAUUGGCGUUGCUGCCUCUACCCGUGUUGGUAACCUUAUUGGCCUUCGCUCUGCAAUCGGUGCAAGGCAUGCUGCUCACGCUGCGGCGUUUCUUAGCGUUGUUGUAGGUGCUGUAGUAAUGAUUACCUUGAUGUCCACAAAAAAUAUUAUUGGAUACUUGAUGAGUGACGAUGUGGCCGUCGUUCAAUUAGUCAGCGUGGUAAUGCCUUUUGUGGCUUCAUUCCAGAUUGCUGAUGGGCUCGCUGGUUCUUGCGGUGGCUCUCUUCGUGGUCAAGGCCGCCAACACCUCGGUGCAUUCUACAAUUUUGUUGCCUACUACGUACUCGCUCUCCCACUUGGUAUUUUUUUGGCAUUUCGCUCGGAAUAUGGCCUCAAAGGACUUUGGAUCGGGCAACUUGUCGGUCUGACUGUAGUGGGAAUCAGCGAGUAUGUUGUUAUCUUGGUAGGCACUGAUUGGGAGUGUGAGGUUGAGAAGGGUGUCCGCCGCAAUCUGGAAGAGGCGAAGCGGCUUGCACAAAUAGGAGAUUCUGUGAACUAGAUAAAUCAUAAAUCUAGAUUGACAAUAAUUAG